AAUGGCUACGUCACUAGCGGAGCAACUUAAGAAAUUAAGGACCCCUCAAACUACAUUACUUCUUCAGGAUAAACGUAAACCAAGUUUAUUAUUUGAUACGAAAGAAGUAGCAAAUCUUGAUAGGGAUACUAUUUAUAAUAUUGGUGUUAGUGGUUUAGAGGAGCUGAUUAAAUUAUGUAAAACAUUCGAAGAUUUUAAAAAAACACUCUUUGCGCAAAGUUCUAUUAAUUUAGAACGAUCUGUACAAAAUGAAAAAGUUAACGCAAAAUUAAAUAUAGAAAUUGAAAAAUUUCUAGUACUUUUAUCACCAUAUUUUUUAUUAAAUACAGCUCACAAAGCAUUAGAGUGGCUUAUUCAUAGAUUUCAUAUUCAUCAAUUCAAUAAAGAUCAUUAUUUAUUAUUAAUUUUACCAUAUCAUGAAUCUCGGAUGUUUAUAAGGGCAUUGCAGCUUUUAGAUUUAUCAAAUUUAAGCGAUAAAUGGUAUUGGCUUAAAGCGGUGCAAAAGAGUCGCAGUCCAUUGCCUCCGCUAUCAUUAAUGAAUCGAGUUGCCAAUGACAAUGGCUUCCUCAAGCUUAUUUGUAAUCAUGUAACCUUUGCAACAAAUGUCUAUUUAGAUAGAGCUAAUAGUUUAAAUACCCUCUAUGCCUUUUAUGCAACUGUUUUGGUAGGAAGUAUCGAACAUUCUUCUAUUAUUACGGAUGUUCAGUUUAAUCAUAUAUUGCCUGCUUUACUAAAAGGAUUAUCUAGUCAAAUACCGGAUUUUUUAGCAAGUUCGUACAUGAUAUUUGCUAAACUAAUUACAAAAAUUAAUCUUCGCGAUGAAACAAUGAAUAGAUUAGUCCUAAAGUCAAUAAAGAAACCAGUUUUGACUCAAGAAUUAGUACUUUUAAUACUAUUUUUAUAUGACAAUCCAUUCAAUAGUUUAUCAGCAGUUUCUACAAAUCUCAUGCUUAAGUUUUCAAAUAGGUCUUGGUUCGUCGAUACUAUUAUAAAAGUGAAAAAUUCAGGCGUACAAAUCUUAAAAUUCAUUAUUCUACUUCUCGAUACUGCAAUAAAAUUUAUUAAGCAAAAUUCAAGCGGCGACGAUUGUCGAGUCAAGAAAAUGGUCAACGAUAUUUUCACCCAAAUUCCGUUAGAUGAAAACGAAGUAUUGUUAAUACUAAAGAGUACGUUGAUAAAUAAUAUUGUGUCAGAAGAAGUUGAUAGUAAUGUAAAGGACUAUUUUAUUGAUUUGUAUAGAUCUGUCGAAAGAAAAUAUCCAAAUUGUUUUGAUAAAUAUCUGCACGAAUUGAUGUAUGUGAAAGAAUCGAGCUCGGAAAGAAGUACAAUUUUAAAAUUUUUGACAUCUUUGUAUUCAAAAGCAGACGAAUCCUUAGACAUUUUUACUGGUCUUAAUCAUAAUAAUUCAGAGCAGCGAAUUAUUGCAAUAAAAAUGUUAAGUAAAACGAAUAUAACUACAUCGGAUAAUAUUAGAGAAAUGAUAAAUAAAUCGUUGUUAGUAAGAUUUAACGAUGAUGAUGAUAGAGUGAUUGAGGCUCUACUAAAUUUACCAAUAAAUGUAUUGAAAAAUAUAUUUGCCGUGGAUACUCUAGUUGAUGAAUUGAUAAAUUUAGUUUCAAGAUGUCAUGCUAAGCACAGAAAAAUGUUAGCUAAACCAGCUUUAAAACUUUUAUUAGAACUAUGCGACGAAAGCGACGAAACUAAUGUGUUUCUAGUCGCAGUUCCAUAUUUAUUUCCUACAAAAGAUACAGACGUUGACAUUACUAUUCAGAUAUUAACAUCCGACUUUGCCAAGAGAAACUCUUAUUUUAAGACUGUAGCGGAUGAAAUAAAGGACUUACGAGAUGCAGAAUCUGUAAGAUCAGUAGCUUUCCAUAAUAUUUUAAUUUCAAAACUUUUGCCUUCCGCAGCAAAUAUUUUGAGUGCAAUAAGACAACAAAUGACGCACGCAGACGUUGCAUCUGUGUUUUUCAAUAUGAUAAUUUUAGGUUCUGUUUGUCGGGUACCCGUGGGUUCUCUUGAACCUGAAAUAGCAAGGCAAGCGAUUGAAAUGGCUGCUGAGAUGGUAAAAAGUUUCCCAAAAGUCUUACCUUUAAAUGGCGCAACUCACAUAAAUACUAAUAAACUGCUCGACGCUCUGAAAUACGUUAAUCAAGGCCAUUUACCAUUGCAAGUUAAUACCUACGUUUUAGAAAUGGUACAUAGACGUUUAACUUUAAAUGUCAAUGCAAAAUUCGAUUUUGAAGAAGAUUUUGAAAGAAGUCAAUUAGUACUGCGCCUUAUGGAAAUUGCAUUCGAUGGAAUGAUUUUAGAGCAAUGGCGAAUGAAUUAUCACGAAUGGAAAUUGCAUUACGAAUGGUAUUUACAAAUCUUUUUCCAAAGACAUUUUAAGAAUGUCGAAGAUACCAUUAGAUUCUUAUCCCAGUUAUUUAUAAAACCAGUUAAAUCACAAACUUCGCUCCACUGCCUACAGAUAUGUUUGGUUCUCCUUGACAGUUGUAAAUCUUUUCAAUGGAUUUUUAAUGAUAAUACUUUCUUUGUACAUUUAUUACUCGCUCUUAGCUCAGAGAACGAUGCUUGUAAAGAGGCUGCGGUGAAUAUUUUAAAAAAGUUAUCCGAAACAUUUAAUAUAUCAAUGGAGGGCUAUUCUGUACUGCUGUUUGAGCUCGUGAAUCGAAGGACCGAAAUAUUAUUGGAUUCAAAACAGUUGUCGUUAUUUUUAUAUACAUUUUUAUCGCCUGAUCCAGACGUAAGUUGUCAAAUAAAAUCAAGUUUACGACCUAAGUUUGAAAAAAUACGAGAAUCAUUAUUUGAAAUUAUUACAACGAAUGAAGUACCCAUACAUGUUCGUUCACAAUUGCUCGAACUAUUAAUGCAUGUUAAUGGGCAUAAGGUCUUGAAACAAUUGAUACCGUUGGGAUAUGAAUUGCUGAAUAAAGUUAACGUCGAGGGGAAAAUAUUUGCUCAAAGAUUAAUAAAAAAUAUACUACAAAGAUUUGAUCACAGUUCAGUCGCAGCAUUAGAAGAUAAAACCGUCUGGAAUUUUUUUAUAGAAUGUAUAUCAAAUUCUAACACUCAAAUUCCAACAAAUAACGUUAAACAAUAUUUGAGUGUUAUUCUAAUAAAGCAAAUUGAUAACAUAUUUUUUUCCAAACUCGGCAAUAUAUCAAAACAGUUGCAAAAAGAAUUAUUAUCAAAACUCGUUGAUAUAGUAACGGACAGUGAAAUUAAUUCAAUUAUUUCUGUAAUCACUAGAUUAGUGAAGAAAAUCUAUAUAGACGCUCAAUUAAUAGUCGACGAAUUAAAAUUCAUGAUAAAUAUUAACGACGAAGCUAUUGAGCUAAAUAGAAGUAAAGAACCCUUAAAAAGAAAGAAGAGUAUUAUUAAAAUUAAUAAUCAAUAUAAUCCAGAACUUGUAAACAGCAAAAAGUGGAAGAAAGGAAUAACGCUAUUAGAAUUCAUACAGCAUUCAAAUAAUAUUGAGAACGAAGAACUUUUAGUUCCAGUUUUGUUCGAUUUGUUAAAAGUAUCAUUGUGUUUUGAAGAACAAAGUUCAGUCGAAUACACUAACCAAUUGGUAUUAUCAACUAUUCAUCAUUUGGCUACAAAGUUCAUUCCUAUUAAAAACGCAGAUGCUUACGUUGAUAUGAUCGCUCAAUGUAUUCGAACAUCUCAUAACCCUCAAACUCAUCAUCAUGCUUUAUUGGUAUUGGUCGAGCUUUUCAAAAUUGCAGAUAUACAAAGAUCGUUACAAAAUAUAAUGCCCAUUUUUACUUUUAUGGGCAAUACCGUUCUCAGGCAAGAUGAUGCUUAUUCGAUUCAAAUUAUAUCGAAAACCAUUGAGACUGUUGUACCUAUUAUUAACGCCACAAAUAAUAUAAAUCACGUUUGUGAAAUUCUAAGGCUAUUUAUAACAUCGUUGCCAGAUAUUCCAGAUCACAGGAGAAUUCCAUUAUUUAAAAAAUUAUUGCAAUUUUUAGAUAAUCAUUUGCAUUUGUAUUACUUAUUGACUUUUGAAAGUCAUGUGUUUUCUAAAAAUGUCGAGUCCUCUCAAGAAUUAUCAUUGGAGAGAUCGCAUUUUGCUUUAUCAAUUUUACAAGAAUUUUCUGUUCAAAAAAUUAUUCAAGUUUGCGUUAAAUUAGUGAACUUUUUAAGAGAACUGCCUACGGAAAUUGAAGAAGGUGAAAAAAAUGUUAAUUUUCAUGGCAACCAUAUCUUUAAUGUAGCGAAUUGUUCGGGUAAACAGUUAAGACAUUAUAAGUUCAUAAUAGUUCGAUUUUUGAUAUCGCUUCUUUCUCGCUCAGAUUUCAUUAAUCGAAUAGCCCAACUGAACGAGGCUGAUAUUGAAAUAUUAAAACCAUUAUAUGAUACAUUAAUAGUCGAGCUUGUAAUGUAUAUACAAAAUACAUUAAAAAAUGCUGACAUUCAUCAAGGUAAACCAAAUGGUAAAUACUGGAAAGUUAUGCUCCAUGGGCUUUAUGAUGUUUUGGAUCUUAUAAAUAAUUUAUUACCAAACAACAUUUUCAUAACUAGUAUUACGAAAUUAAUCAAUCAUGAAUACUUGACGGUAAGAAGAAAGGCUUUGGAAUUAUUGAAUACGAGAAUAGCACAAAAAAAAUUUACAGAUGAAGAUUAUGAGGAUUUGAUACUUUUUAUCGACCCAAUAACAAAAGUUCUAGGUGGACCUCAUAAAUGUGUUAAUUCAGAGGUUGAAAUUAUUCAACAGACAGCGUUAAUUACUUUAAAAUUAUUAGCUAAGUUGCUGGCGUCUACGCAUCCCAAUAUUUUUAAACCAAUUCUUGAUUUAGCAACCGAGCUCGUGAAGAAACGAGAAGGCGCCGUCUUAAGCAGUGCUGUACUUUGUGUCGCAGAAUUAUGUUCUUCCAUGAGAAUUCACGCGAUUCAGAGUCUCAAUAAAUUUAUGCCAGCCGUAAUUCGGCUUUUAGAUAAACACUGCCGUCAAGAAAUUCCAGACAUACUGAUUAUAAGUAUAGUGACUGCUUUGCAAAAAAUCGUAGAAUCUAUUGGAAAUUUGUUGUCACUUUACCUUGAUCAGCUGCUACACGAACUUUCAAGAAUGAGUUUUCUUUAUACGGAUUUUGCUCAUUCAAAAAUUGGAUUAGUAGCGGUUCGAUUAAAGGCCAUAAUACAAAAAUUAUCAAAUUGUAUUCCAUUACGUAUAUUACUGCCGGCUAUAAAUAAAACAUACAGUACCUUUUUAAAUAAUAAAUAUUACCAAUAUAUUCCUUCGCUCAUGAAUGUACUUGCUGAAUCGUUUGGUAGUGCUCAGCCAAUAGAACUCAACAGUUUGAUUCCUGAUUUGACAACAUUCUUUUUGAAAGUACUUCAAUUUCGCGAAGACGUAAUAAAAUCUGAGAGUGAGAUGGAAGUUGAUAACGAAGUGACUUUAUUAGACAUAACUAAUGUCGAAGGGAGUGCAAGUAAAACUCUGGUAGCUCUAGUUUUAAAAUUAAGCGAGGCUACUUUCCGACCAUUGUAUUAUAGGCUUUAUGACUGGGCCGCGAGAAAUCCACAAUAUAAACAAAGAAACAUAACGUUCUAUAGAUUAUCAGCUAAUAUAGCGGAAUGUCUCAAAUCCUUGUUCGUCUUGUUUGCCGGACAUUUCCUAAAACACGCUGCUUCGUUACUAAUUGGAAAUAAUACUUUUUGUAAUCAUGAAAUGUCCGAGAUAACGUUUGAAGACGAAGCCAGCAGGAUUGAAUUGAUCGAUGAAAUAUUGCUGACACUUUACAGAGUUUUUACUUACGAUGCUCACGACUUCAUAAAUCAGGAAAGAUUUGAAACUCUGAUGCAGCCGCUUGUUGAUCAAGUGGAAAAUACGUUGGGCACUAAGGCAGAGUACGAAAGAAGAUCAAAAGACUUUAUUAUCCCUUGCAUUGCAUCUUUUGCUGGAGCAAUUCCAGAUGACUCUUUGCAUAAACAAUUAGUAUAUCAAAUUUUGUUAAAAACAAGGCAUAACAAACCAUGUGUUCGCGAUACUGCCUUAAAUACUCUAGUGGAGAUAGUGCGAAAGCUCGGGGAAGAUUUUAUGCCUCUGUUACCAGAAACUGUUCCAUUCCUUGCUGAAUUAUUGGAAGAUGAGGAUGAAGUAAUUGAGAAAAAUGCCCAAAGUGCUGUUAGAACAUUAGAGGAAAUUUUGGGUGAACCACUACAGAAAUAUUUUUAAACAAAUAUUGCAAGCAAUUAUAUUGUAUAUAGUUUUCCAGCAU